AAAAUGGAUAAGAUCUUGUGGAGACUCCUAUUGAUUUUUUCUGGAAGUCAAGCUUCAGGACCCUUGGUUCAAAGAAAUGUCGAAUUUGCAGUGGAUCUUUAUCAAGCUAUUUGUUUAUCUCAUAAGAACAACAUUAUAUUUUCCCCCCUCGGAACAACUUUGGUUCUUGGGAUGAUACAACUGGGAGCAAAAGGAAAAGCACAACAGCAGAUAAGACAAACUUUAAAACUUCAGGAAAACUCAACUGGGGAAGAAUUUUCUGAGCUGAAGUCAUUUUUCUCUGCCAUCUCAGAGAAAAAGCAAGAAUUUACAUUUAAUCUUGCCAAUGCCCUCUACCUUCAAGAAGGAUUCACUGUGAAAGAACAGUAUCUCCAUAGCAACAAGGAAUUUUUUCAGAGUGCCAUAGAACUGGUGGAUUUUCAGGAUGCAAAGACUUCUGCAGAGACAAUAAGUACCUGGGUAGAAAGCAAAACAGAUGGGAAAAUUAAAGACAUGUUUUCAGGGGAAGACUUUGGCCCUCUGACUCGACUUGUCCUGGUGAAUGCUAUUUAUUUCAAGGGCGACUGGAAGCAGAAAUUCAGAAAAGAGGACACACAGUUGACGAAUUUUACUAAGAAAGAUGGUGCAGCAGUCAAAAUUCCAAUGAUGAAGGCUCUUCUGAGAACAAAAUAUGGUUAUUUUACUGAGCCCUCCAUGAACUACCAGGUUUUGGAAUUGCCUUAUAAAGGUGACGGGUUUAGUUUAAUCAUCAUUCUUCCCGCAGAAGACGUGAACAUAGAAGAAAUGGAAAAGCGAAUCGCUGCUCAUCAAAUCCUAAAAUGGUUCUCUGAGAUGCAAGAAGAGGAAGUGGAAGUAAGCCUCCCUAGAUUUAAAGUAGAACAAAAGUUAGACUUCAAAGAAGCUUUGUAUUCUUUGAAUAUGACCGAAAUAUUUAGUGGUGGCUGUGACCUUUCUGGAAUAACAGAUUCAGCUGAAGUGUUUGUUUCCCAGGUCAUGCAACACAUUUUUUUUGAAAUAAAUGAAGAUGGCAGUGAAGCUGCAACAGCAACUGGUAUGCACAUCCCUGCAAUCAUGAGUCUGGCUCAAAAUCAAUUUAUAGCAAACCAUCCAUUUCUGUUUAUUGUGAAGAAUAACCCAACAGAAUCAAUUUUGUUUAUGGGAAGGGUGACAAAUCCUGACACCCAAAAGAUGAAGGGAAGAGAUUUAGAUUCACUGUGA